CGGUCAUCUCUAUGGUCGGGUUCCAGGGGACGCCAUUUUGGUGCGCGCUUUGUUAUGGUUUGUGAGGAGCAGGAAGCGGCUGUUAGCGGAGAGCGGGGGCCCCCGGUGUGACAGAGGCUCCGCGUGUGAACGAGGAACAGAGGCUGCAGCCCACAAGAAGCUUCACUUGGAGAACGAUCUUCAGAGCGGUUCCUCCCGCAGUCUGCUGCGCCGCUGUCAUCCAUACUUGACCGUCUUCCAUGUUGAUCAGGGACACGACUGGAUUUUUGGGUCUUAGUUACAGAUUGUGACGCCUCCAUCUCACACCAUGGUGGUCGCUUCACCGUAACUUCCUCAUAUCCUCCUGGAAUAAUAAUAGUUUUUUUUUUUCACUUUUUUACUUGAUUUUCCACUUGGAAUUUUUUUUUCUAUUUAUUUUUUUCUUAAUUUAAUGAAGGCAUUAGAACAGCGUGGAGGAUCGGCACCAGAGCGGACUGUCCCAGCGUCGUCCUUUCUACACCUCUGACCCGACCUACGGAGAAGAGCGGAUGGGUUUUCUUGUAUGACUCUCAUCCUCCUUCACAUUGACUACAAAAUGACCCUCAUGUCUGUUUCAUGAGGUGAACGUGGAAAUUAGUGAAUUUUUUUUUUUUUAUAUAUAUAUUUUUUUUUGUACUGAUCAGUUACUAGGGUUGUGCCCCAUGUGACCUCUUGAAUUUACAAGAUUACAUUUUUUUUUAUUUUUGUAAUUUUUUAUUUUUUUUGUUUUGAUGGAAACAAUCAAAAUGAGCACUUGAAGACAUGCCAGGGUCACAAUAAGGGCGCACUGGCAUGUAGAAGCAGGGUUCCCUGCCAGUCUUCUCGAGGGGCUGCCCUUUACCCUCUGUCGCCAAUAAACAGUGAAAAAUAUCAAGCAACCUCCUGGCCAACGAUACUGGAAGGCACUGCCCUGCGUGCUAGGACCAAGGGCAGACCCUGCCUUGGCCAUGAGGAUUAAUGCCUCAAUUCAUUGCUAGACGAUCUACAACCUAAAUGGCGCAGCAUGACUUUGUUCCAGCUUGGCUUAGCUUCUCCACACCUCAGUCCACCAAGUCCUCUGCAGGCGUUGUCGAGAAACAUGGAGAGCACCUUCCUCGGGGUGAGGGCCGUUUGGGAGUGAGUCGCAGAAGACACAAUUCUUCUGAUGGUUUCUUCAACAAUGGUCCCCUACGCACCACAGGAGACUCAUGGCACCAGCCAUCCCUUCUACGCCAUGAUUCGGUGGACUCUGGGGUCUCGAAAGGCACUAACCCAUCGUCGCAGGCAGGGUGGCAUGGGCUGUCACGGGGGCAGCAGGAUGGCCCAGUGCAGAGAGGAGGCAACAGCAGUAACGGGACAGGGAGCAGCGGCCAUCGCCACCGCAACGGCAGUGCUCUCCGCAAGAAUGCUGCCCUGCAGGACAAGCAGCCGUCCGAGACCAGAGAGGAAAAGAACGCGGACAAAAGGAAGCCACAGUUCGAGGAGGAAGACUUUCCAUCUUUAAAUCCUGAGCCUGGAAAGCAGAAUGUGCAGAGCAAGCAGACUGGGACCCCGACAGGAGUCUGGGAAAACCCUCCCAGUGCCAAGCAGCCGCUCAAGAUGCUGGUCAUCAAGAAGAUCUCGAAGGACGAUCCAUCCGCUUUCUCCGCUGCCUUUGCAUCUCCUGUACCUCACCUUUCCAAUGGAAACAGCAAGACCAGCCCCUCCGGGCCAAUCGUGUACAAAAACCUGGUGCCCAAACCAGCGACCUCAUCCACUAAGCCUGGCAUCUGGAAGGCAAACGGUCGGGAGCCCAAAUCCAGCUCGUUUUUCAACAGAGAUUCCUCUUUCACUAGCCCAGUGUUGGCACCGGCACCUGUAUUGUCCUCACCCAAAGAGGGCACAGCAAGUGUUACCCCACCGCUGGAGCUCAGCAUCUCACGUCUCACCCGCAUGACCCGACGAGUCCCAGACAAGAAGAGCGAGUUUCUAAAGGCACUAAAAGACGAGCAGGAUGCGGACCAGACGGAGGACAGAGAUGGGGAUAAACUGGAAGAUGUGCAGAGUCCAUGCCCCUUGGAUCAGAACGACAAUUCUGCAGAGCACAUUAAUGUGGGCAGCCAUCACAAUGGUAUCUCUGGGGAGGAGAGAAGGGACCGGCUGUCAUACUCGCUGGAAGCAGAACACCGGCUUUUGAAAGAAAUGGGAUGGCAGGAAUCUCCAGAGAAUGAUGAGGAUUGUCGGCCCCUGACUGAAGAAGAACUGCGCGAGUUUCACAUUAAGUCCCAGCAGCUAAGAAGAAAUGGCACCGGACAAAAUGGCUUUCUCAGGCAGCCCCGAAGAUGCGCUCUUCUCUUUUCUUGGCGUGGCCCGCUGACCCCCGACCCUAGCGAGUGCUCAGACUCGGACACAAGCAGCACAGACACUUCAGACGAUGAAUCUUGAUGCUUCUGGCACGCAGCAGAUCUCGCCUCGGCCCUCUUCACUGCAUUGUCCUUACCGUGUCUCCAGACUAUGGGGGAAAUAAAAACACGUCUUUGUGUUCAGUCCGGGGUCCGCGGCCUCCGCAUCUCCGAAUAGCUCUUGAGUAUUUUGUGAAAAAAAAAAAAAAAAACAGGACAUAAUUUUGCAGCUUUUUGGGGUGGGGGAGAGGAGGUGCGCUCAUCAUCCCUCAUGCUUCCUUACCUGAGUGCUGGAGGCGAGCGGAUGGGAUUUUGUUUUUGUUUGUUUUCUUUCCCCUGCGUCCUCCUUGUUUUUGUGGAGUUUGACACAUUAUUUGCAGGCAGCGAAGCUUCUAACUGUGCAGAUUAAAUUGAAGUUAACCCACUAAAAUCAAUCACUGUUUGGAUAAACGCUCACUUUUUUUCAUAUUAUUUUUUUUUUUUUUUUUUUUGUGAUCAUCCUGAGCGCGAUGACAUGUCUGUUCUGCAGCGCUAGUUAUGGCGGGGACGCGGAGCUCUAGCUUGUAUGUUUUAAGGGGGAAUGACUUUGCAUCUGUAAGAUAUUCAGAAGAAUUUUUUUUUUUCUUUUCUCAAAGCCUUGACAUUCAGGGUGGAUUGUAAAAUAAAA